AUGGCGGGCUGGGAUGAAGGGGCUAGUGGGAGAGGAAAGAGUUGGCGGGGGGGAGGGGAUGAUGGAGCUGUAGGAUCACGGGAGAGAGGGGGGCACAAAGAAGAGGAGGGGUCUGUGGGGGGCCACGGAGAAGAGGAGGGGUCUGUGGGGGGCCACGGAGAAGAGGAGGGGUCUGUGGGGGGCCACGGAGAAGAGGAGGGGUCUGUGGGGGGCCACGGAGAAGAGGAGGGGUCUGUGGGGGGCCACGGAGAAGAGGAGGGGUCUGUGGGGGGCCACGGAGAAGAGGAGGGGUCUGUGGGGGGCCACGGAGAAGAGGAGGGGUCUGUGGGGGGCCACGGAGAAGAGGAGGGGUCUGUGGGGGGCCACGGAGAAGAGGAGGGGUCUGUGGGGGGCCACGGAGAAGAGGAGGGGUCUGUGGGGGGCCACGGAGAAGAGGAGGGGUCUGUGGGGGGCCACGGAGAAGAGGAGGGGUCUGUGGGGGGCCACGGAGAAGAGGAGGGGUCUGUGGGGGGCCACGGAGAAGAGGAGGGGUCUGUGGGGGGCCACGGAGAAGAGGAGGGGUCUGUGGGGGGCCACGGAGAAGAGGAGGGGUCUGUGGGGGGCCACGGAGAAGAGGAGGGGUCUGUGGGGGGCCACGGAGAAGAGGAGGGGUCUGUGGGGGGCCACGGAGAAGAGGAGGGGUCUGUGGGGGGCCACGGAGAAGAGGAGGGGUCUGUGGGGGGCCACGGAGAAGAGGAGGGGUCUGUGGGGGGCCACGGAGAAGAGGAGGGGUCUGUGGGGGGCCACGGAGAAGAGGAGGGGUCUGUGGGGGGCCACGGAGAAGAGGAGGGGUCUGUGGGGGGCCACGGAGAAGAGGAGGGGUCUGUGGGGGGCCACGGAGAAGAGGAGGGGUCUGUGGGGGGCCACGGAGAAGAGGAGGGGUCUGUGGGGGGCCACGGAGAAGAGGAGGGGUCUGUGGGGGGCCACGGGGCAGAGGAGGGAUUUUGUGGAAUAAUAGGGGUCUGUGGGGGGCCACGCGGGAGAGAAGGGGGCUACGGUGAAGAGGAGGGAAUGUGGGGAUCACUGGGGCGAGGAGGAGGCCGUGGGAGAUAUUGCGGAAAAGAGUUUGGCGAAAUGAAGGUGGGAGGGUGGUGCGUGUGA